AUGGCUAAGAUCUUCGCCGCUCUGCUCUUACUCCCGCUGUUAGUCACGUUGCACUUCAUCUCCGUCGCUUCCACAGUCCAGCCGAGCAAUCCCCAGGAUCCCUUAGGCAACUACAACGACGGCAGCGGUGCUCCGACAGGGAACGCUGUCGGAAAGCCUAGGAACACCGGCAAUCAGCAGGUGUCGCUGGCCCGCCCGGGCACCGGCAGCUUGCAGGUGGACGGCGAUGCGCCGGGCGGUUUGGCUCCCGGCGGAGAUCCCGCAGCGGCGGAAGCUCCCGCUGCGGCGCCAGCUUGCUCCGCCUCGCCUCUGAAGGGCUACACGUCGCGAGUGUUCAUCAAGCCUAGCUGGAUCUCCCUGCAUUGGGCUGUGAUCAACGGCACGCAAGUCAACAUCGCGAUUGUCGCAAAGGUCGGCAGCGGCGCCGCCAAGGGGUGGUUUGCCCUGGGGUUCAGCAACGCCGGGACUAUGGCCCCCUCCGAUGCGGUGAUCGCGAACACGGAGGACGUGCCGAUUGCGGCGUACAACAUUCUGGGCUACGGCCCGCAGGACGUCGUGCGCACGGACACCUUCAGCAUUGGCGCGAACGCCAGCGUGGUUAUGGUCAACGGGCGCACGGUCAUCAAGUUUAGCCGUGUCGCGGGCGACGGAACGAUCCCUAUCAACUUCAGCGGGCCGAACACGCUCAUCUGGGCGCACGACCUGUUCGGCAACAAGACCAUCGGCUACCACUUCCAGAAACAGGGUUCGCUGGUCGUUGACUUCUCCUGCGUGGGCACUGACAACUACAGCAGCCCCAUUGACUCGACCAUUGUGCCCGGCUCGCCGCAAACCCCCGUCAAUGGCGGCAACACUCUCUGCCCGGCCUCCUCACUCGCCGGCUAUGCCUACUCGCUCCCUCUCGAGGGUGACAGCUUCCGCAUGCACUGGAGCCCCCCCGUGGCCAAUCAGCUCAACGUCGCAUUGGAGGCCGCAGCAGGGAGCGAGGCGGCGGGCGGGUGGAUGUCGCUCGGGUGGUCGCGCUCCGGCAGCAUGGUUCCCGCUGACGCUGUUAUCGGCAACCUUGCCGGCGGCGCCGUGCGCCCGUUCUACCUGACGGGAUACCGUCGCUGGAUGGUGGUGCAGAGCAGCACGUUCUCCGUCGGCAUCACCAGCGUCAGCAAAUCGCUCAAGGGGUCACUCGUGGUCAAGUAA